AUGAGUGUGUCUCAGCCCGGGGAACGCGUCCCCGUCGGGGGCAUGAAUGGCUCCGGAAUGAGGCUCCCCCUCCUCCGCACCGGCGACCAAAAUGGCAAUGCUUUCCCUGUCUCCUCUUCCUCCUCCUCUUCCUCCCCAGACUCCCUGCAGAGUCUGAGCAGCCUGGACGUCGACAUGGAAUGUGUGAUGUCGACCCAAAUCAAAAUGGCCGCUAUCUCACCAGCUGGGGAACUGCCUCAGACUGAAUUCUCUGAAUCCAACGACAACUCGGUGUCCGUCUACCUGGACGCUGAUGAGGACUCCUGGAACGACAACCUGACCCUCGUCAUGAGCAUUGCUGGGAUACGGGAGCAUAGUAACGGUAGCCAAGGUGAUCUCCAUGACAACGUUAGCAGUGUGGCGAGCAACAGCGGUAGGAGAAGGGACUCUUCCCCGGACUCGGCGGCCACAGAGAUCCCAGGUGACGAGGGUGAUGUUGAGGAUGAUGAGGAAGGGUUGUUCCUGUCGCGGGGUGUCCAUCCUAGAGGACUCGGACACGGACUCCCCUUCACCACGGCUCCCAUCCAGGCUCCACUCUCCGCCCCAUUGCCUGACCUCUGUAAGGGCCUUGAGGGGAGGAAGAGACCUCAUGCUGGGACCAUCACCAUGGAACUCCAGAACCUCCAGACUGGGGCUAGCAGCUCACCGGGUCUGCCCGAUAGACAGGCACUUCAGGUGGGGGUGGAUCUGCCCGAGGAGGCCUGCACUCUGGAUGUUCUCCCCAUGGUGGAGGCAGUGGACACCGAGCCUAUUGUGGCACUAGAGGUUAUUCUCAGUGAAACUAUAGUGUCUCCAGAUUCUGAAGGCUUCACUGUAGUCUCCCAGACCUCCACCUCAGUACAAGUCUCCAAGGGUGUGGAUUUGGCAGUGUCCCCCUUUACCGUUCCCCAGUCUCCAAACAAAGGGUCCAAAGGUGCAAGCUCCGCUUUCCGCAAGACCAAGGAACACCCGUGUGCAACUCGGGUCAAACCGAACGCUGCCAUCGCCAAGACAGCGGUCACCACGACAUCCAAACCUGGUAGGACGGACGUCAAGAGGUUCCCCAAACCCGACCUGAAGAACGUCAAGUCGAAGGUCAUGUCCAGGCCCGCCUCUACAACCAGAACAGUCAAUCAGACGCAGGGAAAAACUGCUCCGGCCAAUGAAAAGAAAGCCCCAGACGGAGUCAAAAGGCAAAGGUCGUCUUUGGGUCAAACUAAAGUAGCUUCGCUGAAGCCAAGCCCCAAACCCAGACCCAAUCAAAACACAGAGCCCAGAGUCUCUAACCAAUCUGAGAAGAGGAAGAAGGGCACUUUAGUCAAUGGCAUUCGCUCCACCUCCAGCAGCUCUCUGGGUUCAGAGUUGGCUGUGGAUGGGCACCGUUGGACGCCUGGGGAGGGUCUCCCAAAUGGAGAAGAGGCUACUACCGGAGUGUGUACUACAGGAGUGUGCACUACAGAUGACACUACAGAGGGAGCAGGGGGUGAGACACCUGUAGAACAAAGGAGAAGCAAUGGCACAAAGGUCUCCUCCAAGCUGGGACCCUCAUCGGUCAGACAGCUGCCCCAGGUCAAGGGCAGGGGGGCCGGGGGAGCGAGCAACACCGGGGGACCUUCCCUGUCUCCCACCUCUCCAGCUCCAGUAGGAGGGAGUUCUGGCUCCAGGCUGCCCCCUCCCGCUCCUCCUACGACGGGGAAGGACGGCCAGACCACUGGGAGCGUGUCUCCACCGAGAGGACGACCAAGUCAGACAGCUGGUAUCCCCAAGCCACGUGUCACAGACAGACCCUCUGGAUUGCCUGGGCCUACUGUGGUGACCUCUAACCCAAAGCCAUCCGUCAACCUGGGGUUAGGUGCUGCUCGCACUUCGGCUGCUGCUGCCGCCGCCGUGUCCAAACUGCCCGUGAAGAACCUACCCACAAGCCUUAGCUCUUCUUCUCUGGGCAGCGCCGCCACCGAGAGUAACGGAUCUUCAGCAGCCCCCAGCAAACUCCCAGCUCCAGUGGUGGGGGGCUGUAAGCCAGAUGAGAGGCCCAGCCAGCCUACAGCUCCAGUGGUGGGGGGCUGUAAGCCAGAUGAGAGGCCCAGCCAGCCUACAGCUCCAGGGGGAACCCAGGGGUCGAUUAAGGCCCCCACCACUACCAGGCCACUGGGGUUCCGAACCAGAGCCCCCUCACUACCAGGGAGAAGCACUGCAACAGGGCUGAAGACUCCAGCGGUGACCAGCCAGGUAGCAGGCAAGCAGGCCCAGAACCCCCUUCAGAGGGCCGGCUCGGCCAGAUUCAACCGCCCCGCAGCUGCUGCCACAGUGGACAAGAACAAGGCUCGGGGGGCGCCGUUGGCGAGGACCCUCUCCCAGACCAGCACCACUACUCAGGUAGGAGGACCCAGCCAACCCCAGCCGCCCCAACCAGACCUGGUCCCAGUCCCUGCCGUCCCUCUCCCAGUCCAGGGACCAGUGGUCUCGGCAUCCCGCCCGGCCCGGGCUCUAGUGGAGGCUAAGCCGGCCACGGUGGCCCAGUACCGUGCCCAGUGUGAGAAGAAGAACCAGAGCCUUCAGCAGCUCCGACGGCUCCUGGAGCAGGGCAACCGUCGGAUAGAGGCCCUGGCUACCGUGGUGCAGCACCUCUUCACCGAGCGUGAAGAGACAUUGAAGCUGAAGAAAGGACUGUCCCUGGAGCUUUCUACCCUGCGCGAUGAGCUCAUCUCCUCGUCCCAGUGCUGUGAGGGGCUGCAGAAGGAGAAGGAGGAGGUGCGGGUGUCUCUGGAGGAGGUGGUGCGGAGGGUCCAGAGGGAUCACCAGGCUGAGCUGACCGGCCUGGAGGAGAGGCUCAAGGCCUUCUACCAGGCAGAGUGGGACAAGGUGCACCAGGCCUAUCAGGAGGAGGCGGACAAAUGCCGCGCCCUCAUGGAGCAGCAGCUGGAGGAGAUGAGGAGCAGACAGGAGACUCUGAGGAGAAAUUCUGAGGCCAGCCACGCUCAGCAGAUGGACACGCUCAGACUGUCCUACGACACCGCUGUCCAAGAACUCAGGAAAACCCUGGAACAGGACUUGGAGAACCUGGACAAAACACUAAAGGAAACGGAGGCCACUCUCACUGAGAAAAUCCAGGACCUCACGUUGGAGAACGAGGCGCUGAGCGAGGAAGGAUUCUGGCUAAGCGGAGGAUGGCACCCUAUGAAGGUGCUGAAGAAUGCUAUUGUUCUGAAGGACUCCCAUGUGUUGUAUCUGGGUCAGGAGCUGGAGAGUCUUAAGGUGGUUCUGGAGAUAAAGACCAAACGGCUUCAUCAACAGGACAAGAAACUCAUGCAGAUGGACAAGCUGAUGGAGAGCAACGUGAAGCUGGAGGAGCGUCUGAACAAAGUCCAGCAGGAGAACGAAGACUACAGGGCCCGCAUGGACAAACACACCGCACUCUCCAAGCAGUUAUCCAGUGAACAGGCCAUGCUGCAGCAGACCCUGCAGAAGGAAUCCAAGGUCAACAAGCGUCUCUCCAUGGAGAAUGAGGAGCUGCUGUGGAAGCUGCACAACGGAGACCUGGCCAGCCCCCGCCGCCUCUCUCCCUCCUCGCCCUUCCACUCGCCUGGCAACUCGGCUUCCUUCCCCACCGCCACAGCCCCACUCUCGCCCAGCAGAUAACCCAAACUGGAUACCAAGGGGACCGAGAGAAAGAGUGUGUGUGUGGAUACCCCCUCCAACACACCCUAGAGACAACCCCCCUCUACAGUCCCUUACCUCCUACCCCCCAGAUCACCAACCCCAGCCUCUCAAGGAGACAAAGCUAUUCCAAAAGCGGAUGGACUACUUCAUAUGAUGACGCUGCAGUUUUGGCUUCUGCCCACAAUGACUUGUACAGACGUUUUCUUUGCUCCCAGAAAGAGAAGACAAUGUUGCACAGAUGCACUUACUUAAAGCGUGGGGCAAUUCUGCCUUCGUUCUUUUCUGCCUGAUUUCUCUCACUUUUUUCCCCCUCAGCAGAGAGAAAGAACAGGCAGCUUAAACCUGAGGCUUCUCAGCUCCUUUUGAUUCAGGGUUUGUACAUAGCUUCUCAGCUCCUUUUGAUUCUCCUUCUUUUAUUUGUGCAUCGUGUUCCCCGCUCCACGAAUAAAGUUUGUGCGAAAAACCUUGGAUGUAGUUUUGAAAAUGUUAAAAUGGUAUAGGCCAGAGACGGAAGUGGAAGUGAGACAUCGCAUUCCCUUUUUUUCUGGUUCAUAUACAGUCAAUGAAAAAAAAAUCUAUGGUAAAUGGCCCGAGUGGGGCAUCUUCAUUUAUCCGCCAUCUUUGGUAUAGACUUUUAGGGUGACUUAUCGAAGAGCAGAGCUUUAUCCAACAAGCUUUUGACCCGUUGUAUAAACAGUCUCUAUCUGGGUGCGGAUAUUCAGUUAAAGUGAACUUUAAUCCCAACCCUUCAUCUCUCUACCGUAAUAAAGGUGUGGAAUGUAUUUACCCUUCUGUGCUGUAUCGCUCAGAAUGUUCCCGAUCCAAAACUCCACAACGUUGUGUUGAGCCAAUGUUCUCUCAGACCUCCCCACGUCUCCAAGAAUGCCUCAAACUGACUAUCAUUUUGUUUCAUUUUAAAAGGUAAAUAAACAAACGAUAAAAAAUACAAAUCUA